UAGCGAAUGAGGCUCACUGAUCUUGCCCAGCAGAUCGUCCUUACGACCGAUCUCCGCAUGUUAGACACGUGCUAUUGGGAUGCUUUCAAGUUUCACCGACCCCACUUUGGCGAGAAAAGUGAACAGGGUGGUGAGUGCUUAAUGCUGGCAAACAUGGACUGUGGUCUCCGAACGCAGCUUCCCGAGUGGUCAAAUUCGGAAUUGGACCCCGGCACUUCAAUUGCUUGCAGCACAAUGAAAAGAAGAAAAAUACUAUAAAAAAGAAGGAAAAAAAAAACCAAAACUUUUUACCUGGGAAGCGUUCUCGCGAAUCGUGAUCCCUCAUCACACAUUCACACACACCCCUCGUUCACCAUGGAGCUAUCCGUGCCCUUCAGAUUCCGAUCACGGAACCUCCUCUCACCCUUUGCGCGCACACCCACCAGCCACCCUUUUAUGCAUCAACCACCCUUUUCAACCAAGGUCACCAACAAACCCAAGAUUAGUACUCUAACGGUGAGAGCACUGAGAAAGGAACCUAUUGAAGGGGUGAGUGAAGAGUUGAACGCUAUAGCUCGUUACAACCUUGACUUUGCUUACACUCGAAGAAGGGUCCGCGCUGCUUUCGCUGAGCUGCAGCAGCAACUGGAUCAUUGUUUGUUCAAGAAUGCUCCUGCUGGGAUCAAAACUGAAGAAUGGUACGAGAGGAAUUCAAGGGGAUUGGAAAUUUUCUGCAAAAGCUGGAUGCCAAAGCCUGGUAUUCCCAUCAAGGCCUCUGUGUGUUUCUGUCAUGGAUAUGGUGAUACUUGCACAUUCUUCUUUGAAGGUAUUGCCAGGAGAAUUGCCGCAUCUGGGUAUGGUGUCUUUGCAAUGGACUAUCCAGGUUUUGGUCUUUCAGAAGGAUUGCAUGGUUAUAUACCAAACUUUGACGAUCUGGUUGAUGAUGUUGUAGAGCAUUAUACAAAAAUUAAAGCAAGGCCUGAUCUGAGAGACUUGCCUCGAUUUAUAUUAGGACAGUCGAUGGGUGGAGCAGUUUCUCUUAAAGUUCAUUUGAAGGAGCCAAAUAGUUGGGAUGGAAUGAUACUCGUAGCACCAAUGUGUAAA